GCAACGAUUCUAGUUGCUAAUUAUCCCACAGGCUACCUUACUUCCUUUGUGGAAAUGUCCUUUCCUCACUCAUAUGAAUUGAGAUAAUUGUCAUUCGAGAGGGAGAGCGCGCACCAUGUCGCCUCAACAGCUCCACAAUGCUCUCCUCCGUCCCGCUGUCCUCCAUAUUUUGCGCGCAACAGGCUAUCACGCAGCGCGACCCUCUGUCAUUGAUACCCUCACCGACAUAGCUGUACGCUAUCUCAUUUUGCUCGCCUCUCGGACACAACAAAAUGCUUACUCAAACCACAAUACACCCGAACCUGAUAUCACGGAUGUGCGGAUGGCUAUGCAGGAAUGCGGCUUGCUGAUACCCAGUAUGACCGCUGCUGAGGAAGAGUGGUCUGAAAGACUGCGUAAACCUUUACAGGAAUACCCUGAUAGGAUUAGAGACAAAGAAAGGCAAAGACGAGAUGCUGAAGACACGCGCGAUGUUAGAGCUUUCAUUGAAUGGGUCGGUGGGAAGAAAAAUAUGGAGAUAAGGCGAAUAGCAGGCCUGUCGUCCGAAGGAGAAGGAGGCCCCACUGUUGAACAAGAAGUGCAAGAAGAGCUCGAGGAUUACCUAACAGCCCUCAAGAAGAAGCACAGCAAGACUGGCGAAGAAACACGUUUCCAGGGUACAAUCCUAGGCAAGCCCGCGGACGAGAAGCCUAUCAAGAUCGAAGGCGGACCUAUCGAAUCGAUCCGCGAUUGGAUCGCCCAAGUGCAAGAGCAAGCAGCUCGACAGUCUGUUGCUACGGGCAAAAUAGCUGAAACGGAUGCCAGCGAGGACGUAGAUAUGGACGAUGAAUCUGUCGAUUUUAUUCGGAAUACGGGACCAAUGGAGGGCGAUGUCGCGGGGACAACAAGUCCCACGGCUAAUGGUCGUUUGUCGAGCUCACCACUUUCGUCAGAAUCAGAAGAUGUACCUUUGAAAGAUCGGGAUAUGACUGUGUCAUGAUGCGGUUAGUCGAAUGGUGUUCAAGCAUAGCGGUGGCGUUUCAAGCGAGCAAAAAGCUCUGGAGUUCAGGAUAGCAUUGGGCAGAUUCCGGUAUUGAGCUUGCCAUAUUUGCGUUCGGAGCUCAAGCACAGCUCGACACUACAUGGACUGAGAAUAGCUGUGCUGAGUGGAGCUCCAAUAGCGGGCUCGUUAAAUUAUAAGAAAGAUCAUUGAACAUACUGGAGUUCAGGACGCGAUUGGGCAUGCUGUUUGCAGAUCAGCGUUCCUGACA